AUGUCGAGGUCACACAAAUUAAAUCUGAUGCUGGUUAACACAUUGAGUUUGGCCAGCAAGCUCACACAAGAGCAGAUCACCGAGUACAAAGGGGUUUUUGAGAUGUUCGAUGAGGAGGGAAAUGGAGAUGUGAAGACACAGGAACUGGAGAGACUGAUGAGUUUAAUGGGAAUCAAUCCCACAAAGAGAGAGCUCAGCCAGAUGGCCAAAGAUGUGGACAAAGAUGGUAAAGGCACAUUUAACUGUGACAGCUUCUUGGGUCUAAUGGCGCUCUACCACGAACGAACAAAAAACCAGGAUGCUGAACUCCGAGCUGCUUUUAAAGUGUUUGACAAAGAGGCCAAAGGAUAUAUUGAGUGGAACACGCUGAAAUAUGUACUGAUGAAUGCAGGAGAGCCACUUAAUGAAAUCGAGGCAGAGCAGAUGAUGAAGGAGGCAGAUAAAGAUGGAGAUGGAACCAUCGAUUAUGAAGAAUUUGUGGCCAUGAUGACUGGUGAUUCAUUCAAAAUGAGCGGAUGA